CACUACUAUAUAACAAAUAAUUUGAGAUAAGAGCGAUAUAAACAUGAUGGCCUCAUCCGGACCAGUAGGGACUGCAGGGUCCCUCCCACAAGCCCCUCCCAAACCUUGGUGGACUAGUCAAUUAGACGACUGCUACAAGAAGCUGCAGGCUAAUAAUCAGAGGUGUAUCAGGAACAAUAAUGAGAAAAACAAAAAGCAUUACAUGGAUUCUCAGAGAAAGUACGUACAAGCGGUCCAGAGCCACCAGGCUGCCUACACAACCAAUCUCAUCCAAAUGAUGCAAUACUGUCCAUCAGGUCAGUUCUGGACCCUCAGGCAGCAGCAGCAGACUUCCUUCGCUCUCCCUAUGUCACCAGUCAUCAACAACACUCACCACAGCUUCAGAGCCAACAACAGCAGCAGCAGUGUGGGGUCGGACGAAGCUUACUUUAAGGAGGUGGAGAACCACCCAGAGGAGGAGGGGGACUCAUAGAGCGAGGUGGUUCAUACAUUGCAGAACUGUUAUUUAUUGAUGGGUUUACAUUCUUACAGCACUAUUUACAUUUCUUGACGGAUUGUGUUGUCAAGAUAGUUGCUGAUGGUGAACUGAUGAAAUAUUUACUUAUUUAUGUGGUACAGAAAUCGAAACCAAAGCAAAAUUUGCGCCGUCAAUAAAUUAUUACAGGAAUAUACUGACCAGGAUCUUUGGAUCGACUAAAUUUUAGAUUCCAGGAAGAUUAUAGAUACAGUAAAUGUUUCCAACAUGUGGAUUUAGUGCUUUAUGUUUAGUUAGUUACCUGGUUACCUGGUAACCUGGUUACCUGGUUACCUGGUUAGCUAGUUACCUGGUUACCUGGUUACCUGGUUACCUGGUUACCUGGUAACCUGGUUACCAGGUAACCUGGUAACCUAAUUACCUGGUUACCUGGUUACCUGGUUACCUAGUUACCUGGUUACCUGGUUACCUGGUUACCUGGUUACCUGGUUACCUGGUUACCUGGUUACCUGGUUACCUGGUUAUGAGGAUCUCGCCAACAAGGUUAGUAAAUGUUUCCAACCCGUUGAUUUAGUACUUCAUGGUUAGUUAGUAGAAAAGCUGGACGCUAACAGCUGGAAAUGGAAUGACUCUGAAAGCUCAAAUAUAGAAGCCAGCUUUUUGCAGCUGUGGUAUAGUAAGAUUAUUUAUUGGAAUCAUCAACUUUCACACUAGCUUUUUUAUUUGGUAUUAGUUUAUACUUCUAUUAUAACCUCAUUGUUAUCUUAUUGAUUAGUUUUGUAAUACAGAUUGUUUUCUUGACUUCGAACUAAUCAGUUCUCAUUCAAGUUGGACAGCUUUUUCGUUUCAUUGUAAUUUAUAAGUGAGCACAGUGCACGAUUUGUUUAAUUCAAAACGAGCACACUUCAAAUAUUGAAUAACUGACAAUUUAACGUGGAUAAAAUUGCAGCACCUAUUUGACAUGGGUAUGGGAGUAGAAGAGGGUUACAAGGAGUUUGUCCAGUAUCAUGAACAACAGCUCCGUCAUGUUGGAUUCCCAGAGGAAGCGUGGAGACAGGUUUACGAGAAGUUACAGCCGCGCACUCUCCACGACAUCGACAAGGGACUUGAAGUGAGAGAUGGGAUCGUGGUGGCUUUCAAACCUCACCAACCAUUCAGUUGUGUUUAUAUAGUGCCCCACCUGUGGACUGGUGAUGGUGGAGCUCAGUCGUUUGCUGCGUUAGAAGAUGAUAUUGACCAACCUGCCAAGUUACUUGAUAUGAUGGGAGAUAGUGAAUCCCACUCCUCAGUGAUCCCUGGUGGUAAUUCUGAUAUCAUACAUGAGAUAGCACAGAUGACUGGCUCUUCUGAGGAAGCUGCUAAAGCUGCUUACAACGAAGCUAAAGGAGACCUCGUCAAUGCAGUUGUUCUUUUAAACGGUAAUAAUAAAAACGUAGAGGGGAAAAAAAUUGCCAAUGCUUUAGGUCUGGAAGACAAAAACAAAACAAUAUCGUUUGCAGAGUUCAAGUUAGCUAUCACCGAUCAGAAAUCAGAGUAUCAGCUGGAGCAGAUGUACAAGGAUUUUGUGAGAAAGAAGCAAACAGCGCUCGGCGAGGACGGUUUUGGAACGACAUCCAACUAUAAGUGGGAGGAUGACGCAGAGGAGCACGUGAUUACAGUCACUAUUCCUGUUCCUCCAGGAACUAAACGAGGGGAUGUCAUCAGCAAAAUCACUACCAAACGCUGGACUUUUGGGGUAAAAGGGCAACCCCCCAUUAUUUAUGGCAGUUUCGCUGGGAUAGUUCAGCCUGAUGAAUGCACCUGGUACUUCGAGAAGGGGACUGACAACAUCAUAGCAAGUAUCCAGAAGAGUGACAACGAGGAGUUUAUGUGGCAAAAUCUAAUCGUCGGAGAGGAGAAAAUAAGCGAGAGAUUCUUAGAAUAUGAGCGGAGGAAGAACCUUGUCAAAGCACUGGACAGGCUGUGGUACAAUGCUCUAACUUAUCAAGCCGUUACCCCAGAGGGAACCCAAGCUCACAACUGGUACCUUCCCCCUCAGACUGUCUCCAAAAUGCUGCACAGUGAGACCCCAAACUUUAAACUAGCUCCCUUCUGGUCUUGCUAUGGCGGGAAAGUGCUGACGUUACUGUGGCCAGUUAAGACAAUCAAGGUCAGGGAAACCUGUACUUUGGAGAAGAAUCGUGUUCUGUAUACGGGGGAACCUGAUUUGCAGCGUGAGGCUAGGAUCUGGGCAGAAAAUCCUGCCAAUAUUUCUAAACCUGUCCCCAAAUCAUUCACCUCCCAGUAUGAGAAUCUGAACCCCCCGUUUACUCACAAGGUCACUGAUUGGAAUUUACCUGAGGAUGAUGUUUUGUCUGAAAGUGAAAAUGUUGAAGAGCUCACCAUAGUAACCAGCAUGAAUUUGAGUGAUGUUGCUAAGACAGAACUGAAGAAAUUGGGUGUUGUAGUGAGUGAGGGUGUUGUCUCCAGCGAGGAGGAGCCGGAGACCUAUAUCUGUCACUGGAAACAGUUCCGUGAAGACCGGACUGGAAUCUCAAAUGUUAAUAGUUUCGACCCCACUUUUACUAAUCUUAUUCGUCUUAACACUUUCGUGAGAAGCUCGUUUGGAAAUGUCAGUUGGUGGCCUAGUGGGUAUCAUCUAAACAAGGAACUACCAGCAAUCCUUGCUUUCCCACCUUCUUGGCAAGCUCAGUGGCUGUUACGUUGCAGUGAAAAGGCUGCAGCUUCAGUCAUAACUAAUUCCCCUGCUCGCUUGGGGAAGCUGUGCGAGAACAGUUUGAACUACUUCGCUCAGCCUUAUGUGAACUCGGUUACAAUUGACAACUGCCAGUGCAGCCUUGAGUUCACCUUGGUGAUAAGGAACAACAAGUGUUUUGUCUCCAGUAUCCCCGCUGUCCACAUUAGCAGGAAACCUGUCAAUGAUAUGGAAGAAAAUCAUUAUCUUAUUGAUCACUACAUUUCUCGAAGCGACGGUAGUAACUUUCCCUCCGCAUUAUGGUCCAGGUUUCUCGUUGAGUUCAGUUUAAACGAAGCAUGGCCUGUCACAGAGAGCAAGAUUCAUCACAUGAUUCACGACUUAUUUAGCAGUUUUGUGAAGAAGACUUCGGAGGUUCAUUGCUACGGAAUCCAAGUAAUCAUCACCUCAAGUCUAGAGGUUAAACUAGUUGGAGUAAGACCAAGUCCCACCUAUUUCCCCUCUCUUGAACACUUAGCUGCUGCUUGGAAGUUGUUGUUUUGUAGACCAUUACCGGUUGUGAAGGGCUUCCGAAAUAUUUUCAACGCUUCUGUUGAAUAGUUGGCAAGCAGCCAACUGUUUUAUUUUUUGGGGUAUUAUUACAAUCGAGUUAUUCUUUUUUAAAUCAAAGGGCUUACUACUGAUUGAGGCAGAUUUUUGUAGUUUUUAUAUUGUGCCUAGAUUGCGUUUUUAGAUUAUGCUUUUAGAUGAUAUUAAUAGCUUUUAGUUGUGCUGCAGACUUAAUUUCUAUUCAAAUAUAGAUUUUAAAACAUAUAACGCCCAUAUUUUGAAACAUUAUAGUUUUUGAAUAAUUCGUCAUGAA